AUUCAUGACCGUCAUUUUUCAACUGCCCCUGCAUUUAAGCAGGCUACUGAAAGAGAUGCCGUUUGAAGACGUUAUUUUCUUUCAAGAUCCUUCGCAUUUAUUUUAAAUUUUAAAUGCUGUCGUUUAAGAUAGAAACGUUAAUCAAAGAAACGUGGAUUUCUGUGAAGAAGAGGGCCUUUGGGCAGGAAAUACUUGACCAGACUCUAAUCCAGCUGAAUCUACAACAUGCUGUUAAUUUGUUUGGAAUAAGAGUACGCACCUCUAGAGGCCGAUGCAAAUGGCUCCAUCUUAGAAACACGAUCAGUGGAGAAUUUAAGAAUUAUACCGCUCUGACCCUGAGAGUAAAGUUCUACAUACAACCUCAGCAGCUCGAUGUUAAUACAAGGAAAUACCUCUACAGGCAGUUGCUGCAAGACCUUCGAGAUGGCACACUUAAGCCAUCGUCACAGGAACAAGCUAUCCAACUGGUCACUCUCAUUGCGCAGGCGCACCAUGGACCCGGCAGCGAAAGAAACACAACUGCUGACAGCAUUUUUGAAACAUAUUGUAAAAUGCUGACGCCUGAAACGGAAGUAUCCGAAGAUGUGUUACAAAGGAUAAUGGGGUUUUGCAAGAAAAUGUCAGGACUGAGUAAACGACAGGCGCAGAUGAAAUUACUCGAGUUAGCAUCCACUUUGCCAUUGUAUGGAUUCGAGCGGCAUGUGACUGGAAACACGUUAGGAAUAAUUGCAUUGCUGAUCGGUUCUUCAGGUCUGAAGAUUGAAUACGACAGGCACGGGCGCACUUUAAGCAUCCCUUUUUCUGAGAUGAUGAGAAUUACUCAAGAUGGAGGCAAAGUUGAUAUUAACACUUGCCAGGUUGGACAAUCGCCACGUUGUUUGACAGUACGCAUGUGCGAUAAAGAUCAAGCAAACGCCGCCUACAGAAGUCUGGGGGAAAUGAAGACAUUUUAUCAUGACGACGAAGUGCCUGCAAGCGUGAGAGAUAUGGCAGAGCAGUCAUUCAUAGGAAAGAAAUACGUCUUUGACGUCACCGCGACGUUACGUCAGAUAGAGGACCAAGCUCAACGUUCACAUAACACCAUGCGAAUUGUCAGGGACGUCGUAGAUUCAUUUUCACGGGGCACAUUUUAAGAUGUUGCAUAUCAAUAAAAUGACGACGGGGAGCACACAUUUUGUUUUGUUUUAAAAUUGUUUUCGAGACCAUUAAUGUUUGACCAACAGCUGUUCGUGUAUAGUCAUGUUAUAGUUAUGCAAUGCGGUGUAGCUAAGUUUUACCUUAAAUAAAAACAUGGCAUGUAUAUAAUUUUAUUGCUAUUUAAAAUGCUUGAUAAAUGAGCUGGUAUUGUAAAUUAAAAUAUAUGUUAAAAAUAUGUAUUCCAAAUGGGCAUCGUCUUUAGCCUUAAGCGUGCAUUACAUCCGACUGUCUGCGUACGUGGUAUAUUGAAAGUGAAUAUAAAGACGUUGGUCGCGAAUGAUCUUGGUUUCCAGGAGGACCUGAAAUCGUGCUUUUCGCGAGUCUAGUCUCUUUAAACAUUACCCAACUUACACCUUUAUUUUGAACUAUGGUGCCGUAUUAUAUGAAAAUGCAUAUGAUAUUCUUUAGUGAAUAAAAUUCUUAAGAAUGA